GUCGCUAGUGUCACGCGGCUGCUGCUUUUCAAUGUGUCGAACAUAACAUUAGCAUAAAACCAGUGCUGAAAUUGUGCACAUUUAGGUUGUAAUAUGCCGACGAUGGCAACAGGAAACGAAGAAAACGGAUCAGACAUGCAAUCGGAGUCAGAGGAGUCCUCGUACUCUAUGGCAAGACUGAAGCUGGAGAGCCUAUUGAACAAGAACAUGCGGAUCCGCAUGACCGAUGGCCGCACUCUUGUGGGACUGUUCUUGUGCACUGACCGGGACUGCAAUGUCAUUCUCGGCUCUGCUCAGGAGUUCCUCAAAUCCACAGACUCAUUCUCUCAAGGGGAGCCAAGGGUAUUGGGCCUGGCCAUGAUUCCAGGGCACCAUGUUGUCUCCAUUGAGGUGGAAUCUGAAAGUUUAGUGAACAAUUCCCAAGGGAUGUGAUGUCUAUCCUCUGAAAGACAGCAUUCAGCUUCUAGAUGGCUGUGGAAACGUAUGUAUUUGCAGUGAUACACUGUCCACAGAAACUGACUGGAGUUCAAGAUGUCAGCCUUUGAAGACUGCCAAGAGAUAAGGAAUUACCUUUUUCUUGGACAAGUGGAACUGAGAGGUUUACUCACCUUUACAAAUGGUUUACUCAUCCAAGUUUGUGAACUGCAAAAAUGCUGCUGUAUGGCAACAUAUUCAGUGUUUUAUAUUGUAAUGAAAAAAAGUUUGUGAAAUGA